AGCGCGCUUUCGCCUGCCGCAAAACAGUCCUCACCUCAGGCAGUCCACGUUAUCGCCAACGAAAACUCCGCUGCAUUGCAAAGACGCUGGUGAAACUAAUCCAUUAAUAAUAUAAUAACAUAAAUAAUAUCAAAAUCCAUUAUUAAAAUGAACAAAAUAAGAUCCGGUGUGAAAUAAAAGCGACCAACUGCAUUCCACUUUUUCUCCUUGUACUGAAUAAAGAACUGUUGCAAAGCUGUAUAACUUCUGUGUGAUAAACCCAGUGAGAUGUUGGGGCAGAGUUUUGGUUAAAAAAUUGGUUCCUGUCGUUUUAUUAGACUUAUUGCGAAUGUGUAUUGAAACGUUCAUAGCGAUACACGGGCGCACUGCUAUGCGCCACGACUUAGUGCAUUUUAUCCGACAUACAUCAUCUGACCACUACUGCGAAGGAAAACUUUAGCUCACGCGGCAGGUCGCUCUUGAUGGCGUUGCUCAGCCAUAUUCAGAGCGAAUGGUACAAAUUAUAUUUUUGGCUCAUAUACUGCAAAAUAUACUCGGCCGUCAUAUGGUUGGUCGGCAAUCAUUGCCGCGGAGCUGAUAAGAACCGAUCCGUGAUAACUGCUGGAGUAAGCGGCCAGUCGCCUUCAGGCCUUCAUAGAGUGCGUACGCGUCGUCGCAAGUCGCAACAGCACCACCGCUCAAAGCACAUAGUUGCGUUAGCAAGAAGACCGUCUUUGAGAAGAAUCGUGAUGGCACCUGGAGCUAGCACUGCUCAUGCUAUGUUGGAGGACAAGGAGAAGGCACUGCAAGGAUCCUUGGCUUCAGUGUCGCUGCGCACGCGCCGCAUCAGCCAAUUUGCACCGCUGCUCAUAGCCUUGGUGGGGCUGCCCGCUCGCGGCAAGAGCCAGCUUGCUCAUCGCCUGUCCAGGCAUCUCAACUGGAAUGGAGAGAGCACUAAAGUGUUCGACUGCAGCGAGUAUAGACGCCGCCACAUGGCCCUGUAUGCGACUCAUGACAUAUUCCGUGCUGAUAAUCAGCAGGGCUCGGCUAUUCGCCGCCAAAGCGCUCGCGAAGCUGUACAGGACGCCAUAUUAUGGCUGAAAGAAGGAAACUGCGUUGCUAUCUUCGACGGAACGAACAUCACCCGUGAGCAACGCCGGGAGCUCGACGACUACAUUACUGAAAUGGGUUUCAGGAUUCUAUUCAUUGAAUGCGUCUGCGAAGACCAAGUUUUACUUGAAAGAAACAUCAUUGAAAUUCUACAUUAUUCUGCUGAUUACAAGAACAUGAGCGCGGGAGAGGCAGUUGAUGACUUGAGGAAGAAGCUCGAGCAUUACAUGAGGCAGUAUGAGCCGAUUGACGCCAGCGUUGAGAGUAUCAGUUUCGUUCGCGUUGAGGACAUGGGAGAAACCGUCACCGCUCAUAAAGUCGCCGGCCAAAAGGAAUCCGGAAUUCUGGGAUACCUGUCCGGCAUGAGGGGACAGCCUCAAACGUUAUAUUUCACACGUCACGGCGAGAGCGAAUACAACGUACUUGGUCGCAUCGGUGGUGACGCCAACCUGUCUGCGCGAGGCCAGCAGUAUGCGCGUGCACUGGCCGAAUACAUAAAUGCGAUCGCCAGUCGAGAACCUCUCAGCGUGUGGACUUCCGAACUUCGGCGCACCAAACAAACGGCUGCUGAAAUCCGAGCGCCUAAACGAGCUGUUAGGGCUCUUAAUGAAUUGGACGCUGGCAUCUGUGAGGGUUUAACCUACGAGGAGAUGCAGGAGCGUUUCCCACAAGAGUUUGCAUGGAGAGACCAAGACAAGUUGCGCUACCGCUACCCUUGGGGAGAAUCCUACAUCGACAUCAUGACCCGUCUUCGUCCAGUUCUCUCAGCCCUUGAAGAUGAGCAUAACGUGCUUGUGGUUGGCCAUCAAGCUGUUCUACGCUGCAUGCUUGGAUACUUCCUAGAUGCUAAACUUGAUGAACUUCCGUACAUGAACGUGCCCUUGCACACUAUAGUGAAGCUCACAUCCUACGGUUACAAAUACAAAGUGGAGAUGAUCCAACUUCCCAUUGAUUGUGUGGACACGCACCGCAAACAACCAAAGAACUGCUCAAUCAGCAGGAGCACAGCUGACGCUCUAGUGACUGUUCCGUCUCACUACGACACGCUUCCAUCCAACAUCUGGCAGAACUCAAACGAAGCACAAAUUUAGGCUUCAGAGUCGGGACCCAAGAGGUCUACGGCACCGUAACAAACCAUACCAGCAUUACUAGGGUAGUAAACCCUCGGAUUUCCAGUAUGGGUUACGUCCACGGUUGUGAAAAACCAUGGAUCGAAAUUACGCCACACCAAGGCGUCGAGAGUUGAUAUAGAUCUCUGUUUAGACGGAAUUUGGUGUGAGUAAACUUCACACUGCAAUUGUGUGCAGCGUAUGAAUUAUUCAUUUAAUUUUCUUGUAAGACUAAUUGUACAAUUUGAAAUUAUAAUUGUUUAAGGUGAACACAUACUGCGACAACAUUUGAUGAAAAAUAUGUAAAUGUUUUGUCGCUGUUGUUGCCCAUCACGUGUGUCAAUUGAAAUUUCAAUAGAACGUGAUCUCUAAUCUGCACUGCUACGGCUCAAUUGAAUUCGUACAAAAUAACGAAAUUAAAUUUGUAAUGAACUAUGAAUGAAAUCUCCCUACAAUAUACACAAAUAAGACUGAAAGGGUUUCUUUUUUCAAUAAUUUCUGUUCAUUUUUGGAUCGCAAUCAAAAUGUUUUGUGUUCUUAUUUUUAAAAAGGUAAUUAGAUAGAUUUAUUUAGAUUUACUUACAUGUUUUUUUCAAUAUUGUUUUAAAGAAUAAUAAUAUUAAGCUUAUUUUGUAGGUUGUAUUAUUAAGUUUUGAGUCGAUUUAAUUGCCUUUUACGCAUAAAAAGUGAUGUCUCUAUAAAAGUUUAUGUAAUCAGCGUCUAAUCAUGUCUAUCGCGAAUUUUAAGGCUAUACGGAAAAAUCUAUCUAAUUCCAGUUAGUUAGCUUUACUGCCUUUAUUUUGCAUGUAAUCUCUAUGAUAAGAUAGUCUCAAUUUAAGUAGCUUUAGAAUAUACUAUGCCCUUAUCGUCUUGUCUACGUGUUUACUUAAAUCUACACGAUACUAUAAUAGAUUAUUUUUAGAGCGCCCGUAGUAGUAUGCAUAGGCAUUUCAAUUUUAAAGACGAGCUCAUGAAUGUAUUGAGAUACUUCAUUUUAUACUUAGUUCAACUGUUUUGAUGUUGAGUAUAAAACGUACUGACAAGUUUUUUAAAUGUAAUGCUUAAAUAAUACUAAGCAAAAGGUAGAAUCCUUGAAACGGACUAGUUCUAAGAUGUUAUAAGCUGUAUGGAAAUUGAACUCUAUAAUCGUAUGAAAAAUCUUAUAAGAGAUUGUUGGAAAGACUAGAACGAAUGUCAAAUGGAAUUGUCUAAAAAAUCUUAAUCACC